AUGACCCCAGAGUUGGCUUUUAGGGCCUUUAUAGAGGACAAGUUCUGCUUCGCCCUUCCCCUUGAUCUCGUAGACAACAGAAUCGAAGCUCAUGCCCCUAUACGUCAAUAUCAUGAGUCUUUUCAACUAGAGCUGAAUGAGCUUGAAAGCAACCUCGAUACAUCGAAGCCAGCCUAUAUCGUUCUCCGCCGUGGCGACUCGCUCACAUUCAUCACAUAUGUGCCAUACCGUGCCAAGGAAGAACUUCGAAACCUUUUUCUCGAACGCAGACACAGUGUCGUACAACAACUCGGCGCAAGGUAUAUAUCAUACUCAAUUAUAUGCAAGGAAAUUGCGGAGAUCACAGAUGCUCGAUCCUGGGUAGAACGAGACGCAGAGGCUCUCUCAUUGAGUACUAAAAGGAUCCAAUGCGAUAAAAAGGAGUCAUGUGGUUGCUCUGAGCAUAGUAAGAGUGAUCUGGAAGACGUGGAAUACAGGAAGAACAAAUGUCGGCUUUGUGAUCGUCGCAUGAAGAACAAGAUCUCUUCUGAAGCUCUGGAGGCACUGAGGGAGCUACAGACUCCAUGUACAGCCGUGCAGAUGGUAUGGUACCCCUUUUCAAUACGCACAUUCAUUAUGAGCGCUAACCUAUUCCAGUUCGUUGACGUCGCCACCGAAACUCUCGAACUGAGCUACAUCAGGAACGGCAUCAUCCCCGAACAUGUCGCAGCGACACUCCCGAAUGAUAGGCCCAGCUUUACCUUCUAUCGCCAUCCAGAUACCCAGCUACUCUACUUCAUAUUCCAUUCCCCCGACGAUGCCACAGUCCAGGAGCGUAUGAAGCACAUAAUGGCUAUACCAGGCCUCAUCAACGUUCACUCUCAUGAUCGAAAUGUUCAUGUAGAUCAGAAGAUCGAAAUACACGAUCCAGAUGACUUGGUUUUUGGAGCCAAAGAUGAGCGUAUUGGCAGAUUUAGGAGUGUAUAUUUAAGGAACAAGUUCGAGGGAACGGAGAGCACGUACGACAAUCUGGAAGCAGACAAGACCUUUUAUGACAAGGUCAGAUAG